AUGCCCCAACAGGCCACAACCAGAAAACAUGAGAUUGACGAGUCGUUGUAUUCACGCCAAUUGUACGUCCUCGGCCAUGAUGCGAUGAAACGCAUGCUUUCUUCUUCUGUUCUUUUACUCGGUAUGGGUGGUCUUGGCGUGGAAAUCGCCAAGAAUCUCGUCCUUGCAGGCGUCCAUUCGCUAGUCAUCUAUGACGAGACAUUGGUAACCAUCCAAGACUUUGGCUCACAAUACUACCUCACAGAGAAGGACAUCGGAUCGCGGCGUGAUGAGGCGUCUUUGGAGCACCUCCGUUCGCUCAACAUGAACGUUUCUGUCACGGUUGGCUUAAACCCCGCCAAAAUGCAAGCAUCAUCAGCGGACUUUUCAAUGUCAUCCACCUUGAAAAAAGGGCCUUGCUACUUUGUUGACAAUUCGUUGCUACAGAGUGCAGAUGUUGUGAUCUUGAGCGAGCUUAUCGACUAUGAAGACGAAGUCGUUGCUUUGGAUGAGCAAUGCGCUGCGAUGAACGUUCAUUUUAUUGCCGCAUGCGCACGUGGGCUCUUUGGGUUCGUUUUUUGCGAUUUCCUGGAAAAUUUCACCGUUCUGGACACGAAUGGGGAGCCGCCACUCAGCGGCCUCUAUGAUCAUCUAUCGCAGCUUGAAAAUGCAGAGGUCAUUGUGACAUCUCAUGAAGACUCUCGCCAUCAACUGGAGGCUGGCGAUUCCGUCAAACUAGUGCCAUCAAAGUCCAACACUACGUUUGGCCCUUUCUUUGUCAAGAAAAUCAUUGAUGCCUUUUCAUUUACAAUUGACAUUGGCUCAAACCGCAUGCCAGAAGGCGUGCUUUCAGGGGAAUUUGUGCAGACCAAAGUUCCAAAGCGGAUUGAUUUCAAAAGAGCCAGUGCCAUCUUUUCGGAGGGCGCCCAUGUUCCAUUCAUUUGCUCGGACUUUGCCAAGGAUGACCGGUCACUUCCCAUUCUUAUUGCGUUCAUUGCAAUCGGGGGCUUUUGGAAAAAAUACGAGCGUUUACCGAUUCCGCAAUCCAUAGAGGAUGCGAAUAGAUUUAUCGAGAUUUGUGUGCAAAAGUCCGUUCUGUUUAACGUGGAUCGAUCUAAAAACGAACACUUGUGGCGGCAAUUUGCGUUUGGCGUGACAGGCUCUAUCCCGGCCAUAUGCUCCGUCAUUGGAGGGCUGGUGGCUCAAGAGGCGCUAAAGGUUCCAUUCUUCCCCCCUCUGAUCAUUAGUCUAUCACAGUACUUUUGCUUUGAUGCCGCGGAAUGCCUCCCAAAUUCUGCAGGGCCGCUUGCUCCUACACCCGAAAACACGGCUCCAAUCAAUAGCCGCUAUGACAUGCAAUAUGCUGUUUUUGGGAAGAAGUUUGUUGAUGUUGUCCAACAGCAGGGGGUUUUUCUGGUGGGCGCUGGCGCAAUCGGUUGUGAGCUAUUGAAAAUAUGGGCAAUGAUGGGGGUUGGUCUUCGUGGUUCCUCCUCCAUCGUCGUCACGGACAUGGACUUGAUUGAGCGGAGCAAUUUAAAUCGACAGCUCCUCUUUCGAUCUACCGAUAUUCAGAUGCCAAAGAGCGUCACGGCCGCUGCCGCCGUUGAGCGGAUGAACUCGGAUUAUACGAAAAAGCCGAUUGUCGCACUUCAAGAACGAGUUUCGCCCGAAUCAGAACAUAUUUUCGGAAGGAAUUUUUUUUCUGGUAUCGACAUCGUUGUCAACGCUUUGGAUAAUGUCGAUGCAAGGCGUUACGUAGAUCGUAGAUGUGUUUUCUUUGAGAAACCGCUACUGGAGAGCGGCACAUUGGGUACAAAGUGCAACACCCAGGUUGUGUUGCCCCGUGUCACAGAAUCAUACUCGUCCUCGCAGGAUCCUCCAGAAAAAUCGAUUCCCGUGUGCACACUGAAAAACUUUCCAAGCAACCCGGAGCAUACGAUCCAAUGGGCACUUGAUCUUUUCCAAGGCCUUUUCAAGAACGGCCCUGAAGUUGUGGGCCAAUACUUGGAGUCUGGUUCGUUGGGCGAGUUUAGGGACCGAUUUUCAUCCAACUCCCCAGACUCCAUUGUCAUUUUGAAGGAGACGCUUUUGGAUGAGUUUCCAAAAGAUUUCGAAUCGUGCCUCAUAUGGGCAAUGAAGCUAUUUGUUGGCUCUUUUCGAAAUCCCAUUUCACAGCUUCUGUUCAAUUUCCCUCCAGAUACAAAAACAAGCACGGGAGCCGAUUUUUGGUCGGGCCCCAAACGGUGCCCCACGCCCAUUGAGCUGGACCUCUCGAUCCCGCUGCAUCAAGAGUUUAUUUUUUCGGCUGCAAGACUUCGAGCCGAUGCGUACUCGAUUGAAAUCCCAUCGGCCCCGAUCAAGUUGGAAGACAUUCUCUGCAAGGCAAAAAUCGAAAAAUUUGUACCCAAAGAUGGAAUGAAAAUUGCAACGACCGAUCGAGAAGCUGAACAGGAAGGAGCUAAAGAGGUUUCGCUUGAUCUUUUUUCGCUACUGCCCGAGCCAAACAAGGUGGCAACAUGCCACCCAAAGCCACUUUCCUUUGAAAAGGACGACGAUGCUAACUUUCACAUUUCUUUUAUAACUGCCGCUGCAAAUUUGCGCUCGAUGAAUUAUGGCAUUCCGGUCAGUGAUCGACACACUGUCAAAGGCAUUGCUGGGAAAAUAAUUCCCGCAAUUGCGACGACAACUGCGUUUGUAGCUGGACUGGUGUCCCUCGAAUUUUACAAGGUUGUUCAGUUCCUUUUCAACAAAGCAGAAAUUCCAGUGGAGAGCUUUAAGAACGCGUUUUGCAAUUUGGCGCUUCCAUUCUUUGCCUUUUCGGAGCCAAUACAGGCAGCGUUGUUAACAAAAGGACGGCCAUGGACACUAUGGGAUAGGAUUAUAAUGGAUUCCACCAAAACCCUUGCAGACCUUAUCAAAUACUUUCAGGAGAACGAGCAGCUGGAUAUUUCCAUGGUUUCUUGUGGAACAUCGAUGCUUUACUCGCCUUUUAUGAUAAGAUCAAAGGAUGAAGAACGAAAACGAAUGGCAUUGACCCUUCCCGCACUGAUCGAGCAUGUAACUGGAUCGACGAGCUCCAUUGGCGAUGAAUUUGUUUUGGAAGUACUCGCUAGCGACGCUGAGGGAGAUGACGUUGAUGUUCCAUUUCUCAUCGUCACUCCAUUUCAAUAA